AUGUUUAACAACAGCUCUCUGGCAUCGCCCGUUACCGGCAGGACAUCGGCAAGAGAAUUCAACAGGCAGAUUCCCUGCAUCCUGUGGCACCUGCAAAACAAGUCAUCCUACAACCAAGCCGAACAAGCCUGCUCUGCGUACACGGACUUUGUUGAGUUUGGAACAGGACUUACCAUCGCCUUUUGGCUGACAGGACUUCAUAUUAUCAUUUCUAACGCUGCCGUACUUUGGGGAAUCAUUAGAACACCAGAGCUCCGCAAACAGAUCUACAUGUUCAUGGCAAACCUUGCCGUGGCAGACAUGUUGGCAGGUAUUGGACUCCUCGUACGAUGUCAAGCUAUAGCCCAAGUGGUAGGAUUGAGCAGAUUGUAUUUCAUACUGAAUAUUGCUACUUUCAUAGUAUAUAGUCAGACAAUGUCUGCAUCAGCACUAUGCCUAUUGUCGUUAAGCUCCUAUGUUGCAAUAAGACAUCCCAUAUUCUUCCACACCCAUGCUCACAGUGCCAAACGUGACGCAGGUGUGGCGAUUGUUACUUCGUGGCUUAUUCUGACCCUGUUUGGUUUCACGCCUAGUAUGGGAUGGAACUGUCUAGACAUGCCAGAUUUAAAGUGUUUGGACAUUUUUCCUUUAGCGAUCGUUGCUGUUGAAUUCAUUACAAUCUUGUUGCUAAUCUGUGUUAUGCUGUUCACGAAUAUAAGUGUGUAUAUAGCCAUCAAAGAACGGCAAAAGAGAAGACUUGGGCAGCCAGGGGGGCACAACGAUCACAACGCGUUGCAAGAUCAGCCUAACGAUGCAGCAGAAAGAAAAUACCAAAGAAGCGUGCACAAGGCCAGGACUGUUAUGAUUCAGGUAGUAGCGGCCUUUAUCUUCUGGCUGUUACCCAUUAUACUCAUCCCAGCCUGCAUUAAGGCUGGGGAGAAGUGCGGAUUAUCAUUGUUGUGGCCAUUGCUGAUUGCGUUUAACUCGGCGAUCAAUCCAGUCGCAAGCAUCAUCCGCACACCGGACUUACGACAGAGCCUCCGUCGAGACAUUACAACGAUCUACCAGGCACUAUUCACAAUGAUACGCGGAAACCGCGUGAACCCACAGGAUGAACAAAUUCCCCUAAAUCAGCGGAGUGGGACCGGGGCGGCUUCUAGGAGCGAACAGAACAUGCCAACAGGGCAGCCCGCUACAGGACUUAACGUGACUCCGUUUAACCAGGGUAGGGCAAACGGUCUUGUCAUCAUAGAAAUUGACUGA